AUGAAAGAAACAACAAUUUUUCCAACAGAAACAACUGCAGUAUUAAAUACAACAACAAUGGAAUAUGAAGAAGAAAUUACAAUAACAACUACACCAACAAAGUCUCUUGAAUAUAAUAAAUCUUAUGAAUUUCAAUCAAACUUUAGUCGUAAUAAUGAUUCAGUUUUUGUUUCUAUUCAUUCAAAUGCAUCUGAUACAUUUGUAUGGAUCAAUAAUACGUUUACUAAUAGUAAAUAUGAUAAUUAUCCAUGUGAAAUUUUAUUCUAUGAGCAUUGGCACAAUUUAAAUCAAAUGUUAAAAACAAAAAUUAUUAUUGAUUUCAAUCGAUCAUUCUCACGUGAUUUGGCUAUUCAACUUGGUGAUCGUUUAAUGGAUAUUGCAGAUCUAUUAUCAACAAUUCGAUCGAUAGAUAAUCGAAAUAACACAUUAGAAACAGAUGAUUGA